CAACACACACCGGUGGGAGAGACGGAGAGGAAGUGUUGUGGUGACGCCCAGGGAGUGACUAACACCUCAAAAACAUCUUAAUUUUACCUCAAUAAGGCCUCCCAGCACCAGCCGCGAUGACGGGCCGCCUGCCACCGUGUAUUGUGGAUGUGGGCACAGGAUACACCAAGCUCGGAUUUGCAGGGAACCACGAGCCUCAGAUGAUCAUACCAAGUGCCGUUGCCAUCAAGGAGACGGCCAAGGUGGGGGAGCAGUCCCAGCGCCGCCUCUGUAAGGGAGUGGAGGACCUUGACUUCUUCAUUGGGGACGAGGCCAUGGACGCCACCGGGUAUGCUGUCAAGUAUCCAGUGAGACACGGCAUUGUGGAGGACUGGGACCUGAUGGAGAAGUUCAUGGAGCAGUGCAUCUUUAAGUACCUGAGAGCAGAGCCAGAGGACCACUACUUCCUGCUGACCGAGCCGCCUCUCAACACUCCAGAGAACAGAGAGUACACUGCAGAGAUCAUGUUUGAGUCGUUCAACGUGCCGGGCCUGUACAUCGCAGUGCAGGCCGUGCUGUCCCUGGCGGCUUCCUGGGCGUCCCGGCAGGCCACAGAACGCUCCCUCACAGGCACCGUCAUUGACUCCGGUGAUGGUGUAACGCACGUUAUCCCCGUGGCUGACGGGUAUGUGAUAGGGAGCUGCAUCAAGCACAUCCCCAUCGCUGGCAGGGACAUCACCUACUUUGUACAGAGUCUGCUGAGGGAGAGAGAACCAAACAUCCCCCCACAGAUGAGCAUGGAAACGGCCAAGGCUGUCAAGGAGAGAUUCAGCUACAUCUGUCCGGACAUUGCCAAGGAGUUCAACAAGUACGACAGCGACCCGGCAAAGUGGAUCAAGAAAUACGAGGGCAAGAAUCCUGUCAAUAACCAAGCCUUUACUAUUGACAUUGGCUACGAGCGCUUCCUGGGACCAGAGAUUUUCUUCCAUCCCGAGUUUGCCAAUCCGGACUUCACCACGCCAAUUAGUGAGGUGGUGGACAACGUAAUCCAGAACUGCCCCAUUGAUGUGCGUCGGCCGCUGUACAAGAACAUCGUGCUGUCCGGAGGCUCCACCAUGUUCAAGGACUUUGACCGGCGGCUGCAGCGUGACGUUAAGCGCAUCGUUGACGCUCGACUGCGCAUCACGGAACAGCUCAGCGGAGGCCGGAUCAAACCCAAGCCAAUUGACGUGAAUGUCAUUGCUCACAAGAUGCAGCGCUACGCCGUCUGGUUUGGAGGAUCGAUGCUUGCGUCAACGCCUGAUUUCUACCAAGUCUGUCACACGAAGGCAGAGUAUGAGGAAAAAGGACCAAGCAUCUGUAGACAUAACCCAGUGUUUGGUGCCAUGGCAUAGACACACAGCCACACACACCACCACCUUACUGUGCGGAGGGCGACAUCCAUUGUUACCGACACUAGUAGUCAAAUGGCCUUGCUGUUGUUAAGUGUGUGUGUGUGUUUCGUGUAUGUUUGUAUGCAUGUGUGUGUGUGUGUGUGUCUGCGUGUGUGGAUGAGAGGAUGUGUCGGGUAGGGUAGAUAGAGAAAAGUGUGUUUGGUUUGUAUGAAAAUUGGCAGUGUUUUUUAUUUGUUUGUUAUUUGUUUUGGUUCUGAAGUGUUGGAAGAGUUUGUGGUGUUUGUUUUUAGUGGCAGUUUUAAAAAUGUGCCAAUCUUUGCAAGCCUCUUUGUGUGUGUCUGUGUGUGUGUGUGUCAUGGUUGAGAGAGAGAUGUGUGUUUGUGUGUAUUUACUUAGUUAUGGGUUUGUGUACGAUUGCAGAGAGAGAGAAAGAUUGUGUGCGUUAGCAUAUGUUUACCUAGUUGUGUGCGUGUUGCACUGAUAGGUAGAUAGAGUUAGUGUGUUGGUGAGAGAUAGAGAGAGAGAGACAGAGGGUGAGUGUGCACAAUUAAUUCAUUCCUCACUAUUGCUAAUGAUUACUUGGGGUAGAAAUCAACAGAGAAAAACGAUUGAUCCGAUUCACAGUUUUCUUUUCUCUUCGUUCAGUGACAUGCUCAAAAGUUAUGUACAUCACACCAAUUCUUUCCUCAUGACUUUUUUGUAUCAAUUCCUAAUGUAUUCUCUAAUAAUUUAUUGAUAGACUUACUUUUCACUGCCAAGCAUUACUGUAUGGGGCGAGGAAGCUUAGAAUAACUUGUCUAUCUCCAUACCAGGCUGGCAAUCCCACACGGGGCGACCCAAAGCACUGCACACACACACACACACACACACACACACACACACACACACACACACACACACACACACACACACACACACACACACACACACACACACACACACACACACACACACACACACACACACACACACACACUCAC